AUGAAUUAUCGUAGCUACGAAUAUAUCUAUCCCCCCAGUUUCACCUACCAUCCUGUCCCCAGUACCCCCCGCCCCUUGUCUCAUCCCUCAUCUCAUCCCUCUCACCCCUCCCCCCACCAUGUCCCCCCUCAAGCUCAUCAACGAUACCCCAAGAGCCCUCGUCACCCACAACCGUCUUCACACCUAGUGAGCACAGUUGAACAAGAUGUCGAAUAUCUCGGAAAGGCUUGUACAAAGAUGUUACAAGACCUCGGGUACCGUGAUGUUAACCAUUAUUCACCUGAAGAGAAUAUCGUUGAGAUGUGUUUGCUUGUCGAGUCAACAUUUGACAACUUACCGAAUGAGUUUCAACAAUACCUUCAUUCCCAUGCUGGUCCCGAAGUCUGGCGACGUAUGUAUCGGUUGUACGAUAUUGCAACUGUACCCGAAAUUGCCGAUUUUGUGGAGUACCGCAUCGAGUCAGGUCUACACAGACGUGAGUCAGUUGGGCGUACACCACAGUCUAACAAAUAUUCUACUCACCGUGUAGUACCGACUACCCCUCCACUUUCUCCUUCCCCCCAACAGCAACCCCCAUUGACGACAGUUGUAUCAUCCACCACAAUUCGUCCAUCAGCGCUCACUAUUGAGCCCAACCCCCAUUCUCCCUCACCUCGCUACACACCCUCACCAACACCAUCGUUACUGUCGCUUGUCUCUGUAUGCUCGCCCUCCCUCCCGUACCCACCUCGCUCCCCCUCCCUUACAAGUGCUGCUGGUUCAUCGUCUGACUCCCUUGACGAUGACUUGAGUCAGUCAUCAGGUCAGGAGCGCUCUGCAAGCCCCACUCAGAGUCAUGUUGAGCCCGGCUAUGAGUCAGAUGAUAGUCAGUACUCCGACCAAGUGAACAGUCAAGCACGCACCUGCGAUUCCGUCAACGAACAGCUGACUGAGCAGCUCGGUGAUGACAAGGAGUCCGCGGACGUCGUCGACACUAUGGCAGACAACGAAGAAUGUUGUCCAAGCCUUGUCGAUGAUGUCGAAAGCCCACGUAGUUUCGUAGAAGGCGAAACUAAUUUCCUGGAUGAACCUGAUGCCUCUGGUGAAUAUCCAGACAUCAACGUGCAUUCGGAAGAACAUUCCCGAGAAUACUUACCUGACUCGAAGGAUGUUGAAGGACCGUUACUCGAUGACGGCCCAUACUAUGAUGCCGAGGACUAUGGCUACAAUCCAGAUCUUGAGGCUCCAAUCAGCUACGAGCGUGAUUCCGAUAACGGAUACGACGUACCAGAUGAAGAGGUUAGGAACGAGCACGUUGACAAUGCUGAAUACCAUGGCGAUGACAGCCAUUCAGCCUGCGCCAACGAACUUCCUCCAUCCGAAGGUCCAGACCCGGAUUAUUCUUCGGAAGUCGAGUAUGGUGAUAUCGAGGACAGCGUAGUCGAAGACGAGACCUAUAAUGAAGGUUAUACGUCAGACGAUUACGCUGAAUACGGUGAAGAAACACAUACCAACUCACUGCGCAUCCUGCUCUAUUUCCAGCUGUGUCCUUCACUCUCCAAUUCUCCAAGUGUUCAUUCCCCGCUGAGUUUCCUCCUCUUGCCCACCGCCGUUUAUAGCGUUUAUAAUCACUCGUUCCCUUCGCCAGUUCUACCCGAGAGUCGAGUCUUGCAUUAUCGCUAUCAUUUGUUUUAUCUUCUUAUUCUUGCCAUCGUUCACCACGUAUACACUUCCCUGUCAUACCUAGUGAAGAGAUACAGUGUUACCAAAGAACCCGAAGAUCACAAACGAUAUGUUCAACGUACCACAAUCCGUCCGUGCCUUCUCAUUCUUCAAUGUCUAUCGCUCUUCGCUCUGCAGCAACUUGUUUGCUAUGCUAUCACGUCAUCGCACCCUUGCGAACGUAAAAUCGCUGCUGCGAAUGACAUUAAGUGCGGAUACGAAAAUAUAGAACAAAAAGGACCUACUGAUCUACUUGUACGGGACCCAACCAUUCCCCUUCGUUUCACCCCUCGCCUCUCGUCGUUGAAAGUCACUAAGGAAGUACAGCAACAUCAUAAAGAUAAUCGCCAGCGACGACCUCGUGAAGAGAAUCGUCAAACUGAGUCAUUCAGAGUGAACUCAUGUUGGUCUCCCCCUUGCGAUUACACUCUCCUUCCCAUCCCCCUCAAUUUUGCCCGCCCUCGCUGCUUGUCCCAUACACGACCGUUUCUUGGUGUAUCACUGUCAUGGUGA